CCACCGUGCCGAAUUCCCUCCCCACUCCGCUCAGCUCCACGAAGAUCCAUCUGGAUGCCCAAACCUCAUUUUCGCAAGCCUUCUGCCCGCGGGACCUCAUCAUUCCUACGUUACCUCAUCCCACCACAGGCCCGCGCCCACCUCUCCAGACUCCGCCACGAGACCUUCCCCUCGCUUAGACACCGCGCUCAGUCCCGCAUCUACAAAUACAUUGUAUACCGGCAAACCGGCAAGCUACAAAAAAGCCCAGGGCUUCUCCAGCGUCUGCGCGGCAGCACUAGGAAGCUUCUAGGCAGCAACAAUCGCCUCGACCAUGAAGUGCGGCUUCGAAGGCAACGGCUGACGCAAGACUCGAAUAUUGAAGAGAAAAUACCCAGAGCAAUGAGCUACCAAGAAAGCUAUGCGCCUCGAGAACCUGGCUCAAGGAGGCGGAAACUUGCGGGAUAUCUCAAGGCUGCAAACGAAUUGCGCCAGACGUACCAGCAGCAGUAUGCUCCCACCUGGACUAGGAGCGACCAGUCCUAUGAUUAUGGAGAUGAGACACCAGGAGGCUUUCAGGAUGCCGCUGUCGUGCGCAGUGGCGAGGAAGAGAUGAUACUUUUCCCCAGCUAUGCGCGCAAGCACGUAAAACGAAAGCCAGAAGCAGAGCCAGGUACCAUACAAGAAGAACCGGGCGAAGGCCGAGACGUGAGAGAUUCUGCUGGAGCUGGCGAUGCAGAGUUCUGGAAUCAGCAAUGGAACGACUACGAGGACGACAAUGCCAUCGUGGAUGUCGAUGUGCGUGGUUGGAUAUAUUCACCCCACAAGGGACAGAUGUCUAGAAAGCAAAGAAUAUUCAUUGGUCUUGCCCGGCAACUCGUAGGAGUUCAAGCUCCACCCGCAGGCACUCAAUCCUCAAACGCUUCGGAAAGUUCGUGGGGCAGUCGAGACCCGAGCCCGGGAUCUGGUAACCAAGCGCAAAUCCGGCAGGCACAACGAGACGCACAGCAAACCCAAAAGGAGGCUGAGGAGAUACUAAGGAAAGGAGAAAGAGAAGCAGAGGUGGCAGCGAAAGGAGCAUACAGCGAGAACCCUGCUCCACGCGAUACAGACGACACAAGGGAAUAUCGCACCACUGACGGUGCUGAACACCCGCGUCUUCGCCAACUUGCAAAGAGUGCCUCCUCAAGCUCUUUGAGAGUAGACGAGAGAAACUUUCCGAUAGCAAAGCGUGCAUCAUGGAACCAACCUGCGGACAUGAGUCCAUCCGAGCUCGCUGAAGCUAACGCACGGCUCAUGGCCAGAUUGCAACACUUCCUCGCUGUACCCAUGGCCAACACUCCCAUCAGCGUCUUUUUCUACAAUAACGAGAUAUCGAAGCAGCGCACUAUCUACACCAACCCAUCCGGACAUUUCAGUAUUACUGCAGCAUUAGACUUUGUACCUACUAAUGUUCGUGUUCUCGCGUCCGACAGACUGUCAGCCACGGAAUCUGUUGUCGUCACUAAUUCAGCUGGCGUCAGUGUUAUAAGCGACAUCGACGAUACGAUCAAACAUUCUGCCAUUAGUAGCGGAGCUCGUGAAAUCUUUCGCAACGCCUUUAUCCGUGAUCUGGAAGAUCUGACCAUUGACGGUGUCAAGGACUGGUACAACAGAAUGGCAGGGCUAGGCGUCACUUUUCAUUAUGUCUCCAACUCUCCAUGGCAGCUGUACCCUGUCAUCUCCAAAUAUUUCUCACUUGCAGGCUUGCCCGCAGGUUCGUUUCACUUGAAGCAAUAUAGCGGUAUGCUUCAGGGCAUUUUUGAGCCCGUAGCGGAACGAAAGAAGAGUACCAUGGAUAAGAUAGCUCGUGACUUCCCCGAUCGGAAAUUCAUUCUUAUCGGAGAUAGUGGCGAGGCAGAUCUUGAGGUGUAUACAGACUUUGUUCUGGAGAACCCAGGUCGGGUCAUUGCAGUCUUCAUACGAGACGUGACCACGACACAAAAUGCUGGCUUUUUCGACCCCUCGGUUGGACCGAUGCCGCCAGUCAACCAGUCUUCGCCUCCAUCACAGCGUGGGAAUGGUAACUCCACCAACCAGCUCGCGUCUUCCGAUGAUGAUGAUCCUGAAUUCAAAGCCGCUAUUGCAGCGUCGUUGCGCGAUAUGGAAGAGGACGAUCGCAACCGAUCACGAUCGUUAUUUCCUCAACUCGGUGAAGAUCACCCCAGCAGACGGCCUGACUUGCCGUCACGAGCUACUCAAUCUACGACGGCUCCUUCGGUUGUGACAGGCAAUCUGAUAGACCUUUCACCCGAUGACAAUACCGAUGCGGUGCCUCCUAUGCGGCGUGUCAACACAGACACCAAAUCUAUUCCAGGCGAUCAUCGAACAUCAGUGUCUUCUGUGUCGAGUGCCAGGUCAGUACCGCCUCCACCCAAGAAACCAGUAUCAUUGCGAACCUCUUCCGGCGACACUGUGUCUCAGCUAUCUUCUGCUAAGGCUCCGCCUCCGCCUAAACCCCGAAAACCAGCAUCACAGCAAUCAAGCCCUCUCAUACAACAGACCCCAACACCUUCUUCAUCGACUAGACCCCCUUUACCCCCCAAACCGGACUUUGCGAAUCAACAGUCAUACACAGAAAUGGCUCGUGAUAAGCUCGCCUCAGUCUACAAUAGUCUGCCAUCCGCGUCUACCUAUGUCGGUUCUUAUAGGGAUACUGCAGAGCCUACAGAGAAUAGGAAACCAGCCCCGCCGCCACCUCCACCACCUCGCCGUGGGGUCACAGCGUAUCCUGCGCAAGCAGCUUCUUAUGUGGGUUCAAAAGCACAUAGUGCUUGGCAGCAUGCUCCACCAAUACCACACCACAGUACUCGCCCCUCCGCACAAGUACAGCCCUACUCGACGAAUUCCAACCAGAAGCCACUAAAUCGUACCAAUACUAGUUCAUCCCUAAUGUCAAAUGCAGGUGCCGGGCAGGGAUAUGGCGAUGGCGGUCAGAUUUUGAGCAAGAAGGAACAACUUUGGAAAGAGAGAUGGGCACGCGCGGAGCAAGUGCUUGGUGAACAAGGAGUUGCUUUGGUAAGUUGGAGAGUUGGGGGAGACGCUGUAGAAGAGGCAGAGAAACUGCUGAAGAGGCACGCCGAGAAAGAUGAAAACGGUAGUAGUAGUGAGAGGAGCUCAAGAAAUGACGGCCGACCUCGUGUGUGA